UUUCCUCCUGCGCCGCCUCUAUCCGGUGUGGGACUAAACGCUUAUAUUAUGCGUUAUGUUUUCUUCCAUAUAAUUUUCCAUCACAGGCUCCGAUGCUCUCCGUAUGAGCCACCCGAACGGAUUUGCCUUUUGAUGUGAUACAGAGCAAAUGCUAGAGCUGCUGAUGCUCAGGAAGCAGAUCCAAAUCCUCAAUUCCCCUCUGUUUCCUAUAAAAUUUCUAAAUUUUCGAUCCUUGACGAUUUGCUCUUCGCAAAGCAUUGAUGUUACUUCACUAAACAAACGGAUCAUGUGCUUCUCUAAAGCUGGUGAUUUGGUCUCUGCCCGGAGGCUGUUUGAUCAAAUGCCAGAACGAGAUGCCGUCUCCUGGAAUUCAAUCAUGACUGCUUAUGCAGAGAACGGUCGUUGCGAUGAAGUUAUUCGAGUCUUCUCGGAGAUGAAUGAUUCCAGACUGAUGCCAAACCAUACGUCCAUUUCGACCAUUUUGUCAGCUUGUGCGAAGCUCAGAGCGUUGGAGCUGGGCAAACAGAUUCACGGGCUGUCUAUAAAGACCGGUUCUUCGGUGAAUGUAUUUGUGGGCACUUCUUUGGUUACAAUGUAUUCGAAGUGCAAGGUCUCCGAUUGCUUGUUUCGGGUGUUUGAUGAUAUAGUUCACCCAAAUCUUGCUACGUGGAAUGCUUUGAUAUCGGGCUUUGCAAUCAACCGCAGGAUUAGCUAUGCUCGUGAAGCUUUUGAUCGGAUGCCGAGGCGCAAUGUUGUUUCUUGGACUGCCAUGAUUAAUGGGUAUAUCGAGGUUAAGAAAGUGAGAAUUGCACUGGAGUUGUUCGACUUGAUGCCUGCCAAGAAUACAGUAACUUGGUCUGUAAUGUUAGGAGGCUUUGUUAGUGAUGGACAAUUGGAAGAGGCAAUUGAAUUCUUUGCCAAGAUGAUGAAUGAUGGAGUUCCAGCUACCGCAGCUAGCAUUAUCAAGGUAGCCAAUGCAUGUUCUGGUAUGAAAAAUGUCAAACAGGGCAGGAAAAUUCAUGGCUAUGCUAUAAAAUUGGGAUUUCAUCUUGAUCAGAGCGUUGAGGCUUCUUUGGUUUUAAUGUAUUGUGAAUGUCUGAACAUAGAAGCAGCUAAGCUAGAAUUUGACAAAUUGGAAGGUAAGUUUAUCGGAUCAUGGAACUCCUUACUACGUGGUUAUAUAAAUAAGAAAAAUAUCAAUGAGGCUCGGAUAUUUUUUGAUCUUAUAGAUAAAAAGGACAAGAUUUCUUGGAACUCAAUGAUUAAUGGUUAUUUGAAACAUAAGAGAAUUGAUGCUGCUCUAGAAUUGUUCUCAGAUAUGCCUGAGCCAACUGUGGAGUCAGCUACAGCUUUGAUGUCAAGUUUUCUAGAAAAUGGAAAUCUAAAUGGAGCACAGAAACUAUUUAACAAAAUGCUUGAAAAAGAUGUAAUGGCAUAUACGACUUUGAUACAUGGUUACAUGGAAGAAGGCCUAGUGGACAAGGCAUUGCAGCUUUUCAACAAGAUGCCGGAAAGAAAUGCUGUCGCUUAUAAUGUUAUGAUCUCUGGUUUACUUCAGAACAGGAAGGUUGCUGAAGCCUAUAAGCUCUUUAAUGAAUCUCCCGAGCAUGAUGGUACAACUUGGGAUGCUUUAAUAUCAGGGAUUGUCCAAAACAGGUUGUAUGAUGAGGCUUUUCCACUCUUUAAAAGGAUGCUAUUAUCUGAAAUAAGCCCGAGCGAGUUGGCUAUAGCUAGCCUUCUCACUGCUUUAUCAAGGCUAUCUCUACUGAUCCUUGGGGAACAAAUCCAUGCCAUUGUUAUCAAGCUUGGGCACGAAUCAUGCAUGGUGAUCGGAAACUCGCUAAUAAAUUUGUACUGCAAGUGUGGGGAUAUGUUGCUAGCUAAAUUAAUCUUUGACUGCAUGCCUGAGCAGGAUGUAGUGACAUGGAAUGCAGUUAUUAAUGGGUAUGCAUUUAAUGGUCUUGGUAAAAAUGCUAUUGAAAUGUUUGAGAUUAUGAAAAGGACGAGUACCAAACCUGAUGAGGUCACUUUUCUUGGUAUACUAUCAGCUUGUACACAUAUGUGCCUUUUGGAUGAAGCUCAGCAUUACAUUAGUUCUAUGAAAUAUGAUUAUGGAAUUUCACCUACAUUAACGCAUUAUGCUUGUAUAAUUGAUCUUUUAUGUCGGAUGGGCAUGGUUGAGAAGGCUGAAAAAUUGGCUUCCUCAAUGCCAUUUGAACCGGAUUCUGUGAUAUGGACUUCACUUCUAAGUGGGUGCAGAUUAAAUUGCAAUAUUAAGUUAGCAGUAAAUGCAGCUAACCAGCUAUUUGCAUGUGAUGCAAGGGAUCCCAUGCCAUAUUUGCAUCUUAUCAGUGUUUAUGGAUCAGCUGGGAGAUGGGAUGAUAUGGAAAAAUUGAGAACUCGAAAAAAGAUACUUGGGUCUAAUAAGCGAGCUGGCUGCAGCUGGAUAUAGACUUCCAUCCAAUCUGUGAUUGAUGGAAUGAUCUUCUAUCCAUGUCACCUGUGGAGGCACUCUCUGGCAAGAUCUUGGGAAAGAGCUCUGCGAAGAUGGUGUUGUUUCACAUAGAUUAUGAGAACUAUGAUGACCACCAGAAUGUGAUGAAGGUGGUUGGGAUAUGGAGAUCAAAUGCGGAGAAAACAGUUGAUGACUAUCAUUAUCAAGGAAUCAAGAAGCUUACAGAGAGGGUUGCCCCCAUGGCAGAUGAUGGUUGAAUUGACGGGCUAUAUGGUUCAAAGGAGGGUAGAUUCUUGAUGAGCCUGCGGUCCUAUGAUCCUAUCUAGAAUGAAUGGAACCAUUGGCUUGUCAGUGAUAAGGAGCUCGAGUUGACAAGUGCAAGGGCACCGGUUCGAAUCCUGGAUGUAGCUACAUUGUGCAAAAAGUGUCAAAGGUUAUGUCUGUUCCCAGUUCAUCCCUCCCAUGAUCUUGGAUGGCCAAUAUAUUUACAUUCCUUCGUAAAUAAGUUUCAAUGGUAACCCUGUGAUGAUGUACCUGGAGCCAAAGCCAUGAGGGAAAAUCUGCGUACCAUGGUAAGGUGGUGGGCUUCUUUCCAUCCACAGAAGUUGCGGUUAGAAAAAUAAAGAGUAGAUUAUUGAGAAUAAAGCACUUGCUGGAGUUAGUUGCUUUUUGUCAUACAAAGGGUGACAACUGCUCGGAGGUCUUGGUGGAAGGAUUCCAUGCCAGGACCAUGAUUUUGGAACAUUUCCAACUAGAUAUGGCAUGGUGAAUGAAAUCUUUGAAGCUUCGUGCCUCGCAUAACACUAACAUGGACGAGAAUCUUCAGUUCCUGUUUAUAGCCUCAAACGGCAUGGUACGUACUACCGCGUUAUAUAGCCUAAAUGGUGGGACCAGUUCUCAGAAUUAGGCCUCAUGACUGGGAUCAACAACACCCUACAAUUGUCUUGCGUCUUCGACUGAGGUAUCCAAUGAACGAAUUAUUCAAUCCGUUAGCUGAGAACUUUCAUCUCUUUACAGCAAAAUCAGGGCAUUUGAGAUUCCUUGGGAGCUACGAAAGCCUCAACGCAAACCAAAAAUGUGCAAGAUAAAAGGGCUUCAGUACUCCAACCGCUUCGCUGCAGCUACCUCAGCCCGAGUCAGGUAUUAUGCCAUCAUUCCCUCGAUUACAAUGUUUCAGUGCUGUACAGGUUCAUGUAGCCGAAAGUAAACUAGUGAAGCCUCCGGAGCUAGACUUGAGCAACGCAGGAAGAGCACAGUUGUGUUAAGAUACAGCAAUCGUGGCAUUAUUGAUUCUAUUAGACUACCGUAUCAGUGUAUCACUAUUAGCAGCAGGCAAAAUAAGUAUGCAUUUCACUUGACAACAAAUACGUUUUGGUAACAACUACUGGUAUCAGCAUACACACAUACGCAUCUGAGAUGGAACCAACCGGCCCGAAUUCGAAGCAAUAGAACUUGAGUGUUUUGCUUCAACCCAAGCAUGGACAUCAUCCUUUUCAGAUCCUUCAGGAUAGGAUAAAAGCCAGAAGAAUAGGACGGCGAAUAACCCACUGAUAACCAUCUUCGAAUCCCUGCCUCGGCUAGGGAGGCGGUAACACCAUAAAGAUGAUAUCCUCCUCCUGUGACCAGUGCCGCUCCCUCACUAUGUAUCACAAAGUCAAUGCUGCCUGCCUUUGGCUGGGGGCCGCAAAAGAGUCAAUUUUCCCAGCUGUCUCGAUCCUCCCGUUAGCUUUAGUCAGAAUGUGUUCAACUGCC